GGAGAGAGAGAGAGAGAGAGAGAGAGAGAGAGAGAGAGAGACGGGAGAGGUCACACACACAAUAUGAGGGACAUUGGGAGUCUGACUGGAGCUGGAAUGGGGUGCUCUGUACUGUAGGUUGCUCGGCAGACCUGUUUCUGGAAGGCUGGACACAGGAGACGGACACAGGAAUUCCAGGUCACAAGGGCUCCUGUGGCAAAGCACAGCCUUGGCUGGGUUGGGGCUGGGCUGGUAUUCCAACCUCUCCCUCUCACGUUCAUGAGCAUGACAGACAUAGAAUAGGACCAGGGAGGGCGUUAAUACACUUAACAAUAAGAAAGCAGAUAAGAGGGCAACUAAGAGACUAGUGUGACCUCCUUUAUGAUGGGAUCCUCUGUGGAGUUUGCAUGUUUGUUGCUGGUGGUUUCGACUCUUGGAAAGAACCACUUGGUGUCUGGAGGUUGUUCUGGGAGAUGCUGCCGGAGCAGAGACUUGAGCUGUUCGACCACUGACUGGAGGAUGGACCGCGUGUAUGGGACGUGCUACUGUGACAAGGGCUGCGAUAAGACCAAGGACUGCUGCUUCGACUACUUCACAGAGUGCCCAGCUCAGGACUGUACCAUGAGCGACUGGAGCUUUUGGAGCGGCUGUGCCAAGCCCUGCCAGCCGUCAGUGAGAGUUCGUGUCCGCCACACGGAGCGGCAGCCCAGUAACAGCGGAGAGCCCUGUCCCAGCCUGCAGGAACGAGCCGGCUGCAUGGAGUACAGAGACCACCAUGGUGGCCACUGUGGACAAAAAUCAGGUCCUGCAUUCAUCACCAGCAUGGAGUUUGGCAAGGGAAGGCCCAAGCAUGACAACUAUGGAAACCCCCUAGACCCUGGGUUCUGUGUGGAAUUCAUGCUGCAGUCUCGGACACCCCAUUGUACAGUGCAGAACCGGCCACACACCCACUGGAUGCGCUACAUAACAGAAGGCUUUAGAGUGUGCGUGUUGUGUGAACCCCCUGCCUUGCGAAACAAUAGUGGCAGCUGCCAAGGAGACGGUCAGGAAUCAGACAAAGAAGCUGUGCUUCGCUGGCAGGCGGUGGGAAACCAUCAGUGCAGCGGGACGUGGAAGAAGGUUCAGAAAACCCAGCAGUGUAACUGUCCACCACAACACAGCUUUGUCUUCAUCUGAUCCAAACCAAGCACCUCAGACCAAUGCUCAGAUCUGGUGUCUACAAUAACAUCUCACAGCAGAGAACUCCUCUCGCCAGCACAUACUUUGUUCAGAUCAGAUGCUACGAUACUUUCAAUGCUACGAGACUUCAAACUUUUGAGGGAGUUACAAUGCAAUUAUGUCUCUAUUACAACGAUAUAAAAGCAUGUUCAAAUCACUGCAAUCACCAUGCACACUUCCACUGUUGUGUAACUUUGCAGCAUACACUCGUACAGUAUUUCACCUUUUUCUAGCACACAUUAAGCACGUACCAGAAUUGAUUUUGCAUUGCUUUAUUGAAAAACAAGCCACUGUUCUUUUGUUUGGUUUUUUACAAAUUUCUUGCAAAUAUAUUUAACUUAAAACUUGAAAAACUAUUUACAUUUGUAUUGUGAAUAUGCAUUUUUUUUUUAAAGAAAAACAUGAAAUGUUCCUUAUCAUAGACGGCUGUGAUAACAGCCUAAUUCAUUGUUCUGUGUUGAGUGCCCUCUGGUGGUAUGACAUUCUCCCGGUGCAAACAGAUCAGCAAGCACAUGUUCAGCCAGUGACAAAUUUUAGGUACAAAUAUUGUAAAAUAUUAAAAUUAUCACAUCAUAGAAGGCAAUU